AUGUGUCUCAGUUGUAGGAUGUCGUCUCUGUUAUUUUUCUCCAUCUUCAUAUUCACUGGAUUGGGUAUAUACGGGCUCCUACUCCGCAAGAAAGGGCUCCGAUCCCGCUUCACCGAAACGUGGACGGUUUACUGUUUCGUAAUGAGCAUUGUCUGUCUCGUGCUCGCCUAUUGCAUCUCAAUCUGCGACUCCUGGAAGAAGGAAAACAAGCGUCGAAACAGGAGCGACAAUGAAAAUAGCGACAGCGGAGCAAGCGGCAGCGGUAUUAUUUCGAGUGGACGUCGCUAUGGACCUUCGGUAGUGAAAAGUGGACCUUUACCUCCUUUGACAAUCUCGAACUCGGCACUCCACGGCCACGGUCCUCAAAGCGCCACGACAUCGCCAAGGGACUUUACCUUCACAACACCAUCGCCCCGGAGCGCAUCUUCAACGAGACACUUUGUGUUCCCAGCUGGGACCUAUCUACAGGUAUCCCCGGCGCAGAGCAGCGCGGUCUCACCUUCGAGAAGUGGCAGAUACUACCUAGCGACCGGGUCGACCCGUUCGAUUGCAUCCGCCCCCGUUGAGGGUUCGAUAUCACCUCUAGAAAACGGCGCACCAAGCCAAGUUCCGGGCAAUGCCACCGGUUCGGCGAAUAUCGUUUCCUGUCGGGAGGCUUCGUCGGGUGCAUCUUCGGCUCCCCGCUCGCCGAGAGAACGUCCGGUACUUUUCGUUGUUGUACCGCGUGGCUCUGCGCUUCAAUUGCCGGUCAUGCUCGAUAUGCCAAGAUCGCCUAAUUCGCCGCUCGAUCGUAGAUGCGUACGGAGAUGCUGUAGCUUACCCCGUUCGGGCCAUCGGCGGGCACGGCGCUUCUAUCAGCAUAGCGGAGGCUCGGGCGUUCACGGCCACGCUCACGCUCCUCAUUCCACACCUCCACCAUCUCCGAGACAAGUGUGCCUCGUGCUUCCUUCUCAGAUGAGCCACUUGCAACAGUCCCGCACCUACCAGAGGCGGAGAUCGAACUCUUUCUCCGGUUUGGACGCGGUCCGCCCUUCGCACAGAAGCAGCGACCACCUGAAUAUCCCCGGUCGAGUGGGUGCUGUUUCAAGCGCCAGUACGGGAGACAUUUCGUUCGAAGACGAUCCGCCAUCAUACGCUUCACUCUGUGAGGAUCCACCUCCUUAUAGUGAGAUUAUCAGACCGGUGAGUCAUGCGGCCUCCCAGACAUCGGACCCCGGCUCAGACCCCGAUCAUGGUAUCACUGUUACCGUAGAGCGCAGCAGUCCGUCGGUGGCACCGCAGGACGAGUUGGCCACGACCACGGUCAUCGUUGACGGGCUCCACGAGACCGCAGCGUAAGCCGCUUUCUCGGUAUUCGUACACUUCUUAUGGCAACUAAUUCACAUGACGGCACAGGACUCUGGAGAGCCAAUCGCAGGGUGACAAUCCCAGGGUUUGAGUUGUAGCCUUCUCAAUCAGAAAUCA